AUGGAUGAAGAAGAAGCUUUUCAUAUUGUUCACGGUAAUAUUAAUUUUCAAGGUGAAGAUUAUGAUGAAGCUUAUAAUAAUUUUCAAAAAGGUACUUUGUUUAAUAUUGGAAGUCAUAAUAAGGAUGAUUAUAAAA